AUGGGUUCUGAAGGAAAUGAUCCUUCCACUCUUGAUGCCGGAACAAAUGAGCUCGUUGAGUCUCUCUAUGCCCUCACCCAGCAGAUUUCCCAGGCGUCGAAGGACUACAAGGAUCCCUCCGGGCAACAAGGUCUACUGUUGCGUCAACGAAUGGCCAAUGCGGCCAGGCAGAUCAUCGACAUCAUCCGGGAGCCUGGUGAGACACCGUAUGAAUUCUCAACACACAUGGCGGAGAUGGGUGCGAUUCGUAUGUUCAUGAAGAUAAGAGCAUUUGACAAGAUUCCGCUAGAAGGGACCAUUUCAUAUAGAGAUUUGGCGGCCAGUCUUGGUGCUGAGGAGUCGCUCAUCACUCGCAUGGCGUGGAUGAUGGUGGCUACUGGUUUCCUCCACCAAAUUGGGGAGGACCUUGUUGCACAUUCCAGGCUUUCAAAGCUCUAUGUCCAUGGCAAUCCUCAAGGUGUCUUCUUCCAGAUCAUGUUCGAUGAAGGCAUGGUCCCAUGGGUCCAAUGGCCCCAAUUCUUUGACAAGUAUGGUCUGAAAGAACCCAAACUAGGCAAUUACAAUCCCCACUCCUUUGCUUGGGGUGACGAGGACAAAACCUUCUGGGAGGUCAUCAGUAAGGACCCGGAACGCCAGGCCGAUUUCAAUCAAAGUAUGAAUACGUUCGACGAGGUGCUGCCGGUGACGGGGAUGUACGAUUUCAGCUGGAUUGCGAAAGUGGAAGGACCCGAGGACAGGCCGCUGAUUGUCGAUGUUGGCGGUGGGAAAGGCCAGGCCCUCAAGCGCAUCAUGGCUACGUUCCCAGAGAUUCCAGCCAAGAGGUUGGUGUUGCAGGAUCGAGGAUCAGUCAUUGAGGAAGUCAUUCAAGCCAAUGAGCCCGGGUUUGAAGAGGUCAAGAAGAUCCCUCAUGACUUCUUCAAACCGAAUCCUGUCAAAGGCGAGUUUCGCCCCUUUUUCCUCUGCACCUCGCUUUUCCGCGCCACUGACUCUUCCUUCCCAUUUCCAGACGCUCUCGUCUACUACAUUCGGCGCUGUAUGCAUGACUGGUCGGACGACAACAAUCGCAUCAUCCUCUCCCACCUCGCUGACGCCAUGGCCCCCGACUCCAAGGUCCUCAUCACUGAGCAGAUCAUGCCCAACCCGCCAACUGCCCUAAAUGCCUGGACGGAUCUCUGCAUGUUGAACCUUGGUGGCAAGGAACGGACGGAGAAGAUGUUCGACGCUUUGACGGCGAGCGCUGGGUUGAAGAUGGUUGGCGUGCACAAGAGCUUGGCGACUGAUGUCGCAGUUAUCGAGUGCGUGAAAGCGUGA